AGUGACUAUUACAAAAUUAUAAUUUUUAUUAUACACGAAUACUACGUAACAAGGUAUAGUCUUGAAAAAAAAAAACAAAUUCAACAAACUUCCAAUCUUUCGACCUAUUUAAGCCACCAAAAAUCCCUGUCUCUAAACCAGCAUAUCGUUAUUUUUUCUUUCUUCCGUUAGUGUAAAAAUGUUACAAACAACAAUAACUAAAAUAUAAUCACACCUGCUUUUAUGAUUAAAAUUUCGUAGAUGAGUUACAGUGCUGAGGCUGUCCAUAAAAUUCCUAUUUUUGAACAAGUUAGAUUUGCAGCAUAUUCUUACGCUUUUUGGAUAGCAAUAACUGGGACCGAAAAUGAGCAGCAUAAAGUUGGACUUCCUAUAUUGCUCGUGGUAUAUACUUGAAAGUCGUACCUCCAAGUUUAGAUCCAUCCGUAAAAAUUAGAUGAUAAUUUGGAAAAUUUUCAUGAAUGUCAGCUUUGAAGGGAGGCUUCGGCUUUCUGGGUGGAUAUUCUGUGUCAUCUCAUGAGUCGUGACUCUGUAUCACGUUUAUUAUUGUUCUGUGCCCUAGGUCGAAUGUUUGGGCCUUUUGGGCUAAAAGAUUUAUUUUUGUGAACAACGGACUGUCUUUAGCAUUCUGAUUAAACGGUAUUUUGCCAGUUUCACAAUCCUAAUGCUAGGAUAGGAGUGCGACGGAGAAUUCCCAAGAUGCGCCUCAGACAUUUAUUCUGGAAAAUAAAGAUCCGACAUAGUACAUAAUCGGGAGCACGAGCACAGAAAACAGAGCCAUCGUGAAUUGUCGCUCGAUUUGUCGAUCUGUAAAAAAACUUUCGGAUCUGCGCCUAAUUUACCUCCAACAAGGCUCUUUAGAGCUUUGGUUAAAACUAUUCGCAUCUUGUGUGUCUGUGUGCUUGUGCAAGCAUGUGAUGUGUCUGUUCCACGCGAGCUUUCUAGUGAGUUACAGGGCUAGAAAUUUGACUUUCUAUGUGCGGGGCAAAUGUGGCACCACAGUACAGUUAGUCGGUGUGUUGGUGUUUUCUCUGCUUCGUUGGGCAAUCUGCACAUGCUAUGUUGUACCAAUCUUCUUCAAAAUGUGAAUUUAUGCCCAUUUAUUCUGCAGUGUCCUUGUUUUCAACUGUCAUGCCAUAUCCUCAAGACACAGAUGAUAAUAUGAAAAGGCAAUUGGAAAGAGCAGGCAGUGGUAAAGAGAAUGACAACGGUGUUUUAUCCAUGCUGGGCCCUCUUGGAAACAUGCAGUCUGCACUAGGACCAUUCACGAACAACAUCAAAGGAGGACAAAUGGUCAUAGGUGGAUUCUCAUUUCUCAUCUUCCCAAGUCCGAAGUUGGAUCAGUUACAGAACUUGCAAUCACAAAUACCAACUCAACUUCCAUUCCUUCCAGGUUAAACCUUUAAAAAAAUAAC